AACCAACGGAGCCUUCUGGACCAACAUCUUCAAGGGUGACAACAGAUGAACCAACGGAGCCUUCUGGACCAACAUCUUCAACGGUGACAACAGAUGAACCAAGGAAGCCUUCUGGACCAACAUCUUCAAGGGUGACAACAGAUGAACCAACGGAGCCUUCUGGACCAACAUCUUCAACGGUGACAACAGAUGAACCAACGAAGCCUUCUGGACCAACAUCUUCAACGGUGACAACAGGUGACGAUGAACCAGUGACCCCUUUUCAACGACCAACUACAGCCGCGGCAACAGAUGAAUGUCCGCCAGACGCUAUAUUGUCCUGCAUACCAGGCAGAUGCACCAUGGUGAACCAUGCUCCACAAUGCAAAUGCUUCCCACCCUUCGAGAGUGGUACCGGCGAGGGCACUUGCGUGCUGAAACGUUUCUACUACACCGUGAAGUUCAAAGUGGUUCGCCAGCGCAUUCCGCGCUCGGCAGAAGAAUGUCCUGAGAGUGAUCAAGCCCGGAAUUUGGUGGUACAACUGUAUCCUGGCGCGGAGGUAGAUUCUCUGGAGUGCCUAAACGGUGAAUACACCAUUCACUUCAAGUCGAAGACGAAACUGGAAGGCGAUGCUUCCGAUAGCCUAAGGAAAAAUUGCCGUCAGUCGGAGGGCGGACGAUGUGUUCUCCCGGGUAACCUAAUAGUGGAGACAGACAGUAUAGAAGUCGCGAAAGAGAACCUUUGUAAUAGGAUCCUGAAGGAAUACAUAAAGCACCUGAACCAAAAUCACAAGUGCCAGCAAGUUGACGGGCGCUAUGUCUUGAAGUGUGCGGACGAACUCAGCUCUGUUGGUGCGGAGACAGUUUUCAUACAAGAAGACUCGUUGACCGUCCACCUUUGUUCAGCCAAAACAGCGCCUUAUGUGCCGACGUCCCCUUCCCCAGGAACACGUACAACCGUGGCAACAGCCAAAACAAGUCAUGAUCUAUGGACGCCCCCUUCUCCAGGAAAACCUACAACCGUGACAACAGGCAAAACAGGACAGGGUGGAAUGACGCCCACCACUGCAGGCAAACCUACAGCCGUAACAACAACAGGGCCAAAGUGUUCCGACGAAGAUGUGGAAAUAUGCGGUGCACCUUGCGUUCUGGAGGACGGGAACCCGAUUUGCCAGUGCAGGGACAACCAACGAGAUGCUGGUUAUUUUGGCUGUAGUGACGUAUGUUCGCGAAAGGGACUCAAGGACUGCGUAUUGGGCAGAUGCUUCAUCGAGCACCACAUUGAACGAUGUAAAUGUGACCCACCCUUCGAGCUGGACACGAAACGCCGUUGUGGGCUGAAAGACAUCUUCUACAUCUUGAAGUUCAAAGUGGACCGCGGUGUUCGGUCUAGGCGUUCGGCAGACCUUUGUCCUGAGUCUGAUCAAGUAAAACAAUCGAUGAAGCAAGUCUACCCUCACGUGAAGAAUGUAGAAAUUCUGGAUUGCCCGAAUGGUGAAUACAAGAUUCGCCUCGUGUUCGACAAGAUACCUGAUGAAGCGAAAAUAACCAGGGAUUGCAAAGGGGUGCAGGGCAACCAUGAACAGUGCCUUCUCCCGGGAAACCUAAGAGUACAGAAGAGCAGCCUAGAAUUCACAGACGAAAACCUUUGUGAUAGUAUCCUGAGGGGUUACAUACGUGAUCUGAAUCAAAAUCACGUAUGCCAGAAACGAGGAAGCGACUACAUCUUGAAGUGUCCCGACAAGUUCAGACCUGUGAAUGAAGACAGAUUUCCUAUACAACCGAACUCUUUGUUGAACGUGUAUUACUGUUCAGCGGAGACGUGCAACAGCAACACUUGCCCAGGGCACAGCAGAGCAUGCGUAGACGGACAGUGCGUUUGCAAGAAGGGAUUCGUGCAGCAGGGCAACGACUGCAUCGAUCCAUGUUCGAACAAUCCAUGCAAAAAUGGCGGCACCUGUAAGCCACACCCAGAUGUCAACUUCCUCUGCUUGUGUCCCGCAAAAUUCAAAGGACUUAAAUGCGAGGAAGACAACCUGGAACUGAGAGGUGCAAAGCUUAACGUUGUUAUCGUGGGCGUCGUAAUGGCCGUUCUUCUGCUCCUGGCCCUCAUCGUGUCUGCUAGCGUUAUAUCCAGGAUGAAAAAGAAGCAAGGCCUACUCGAUGACACAAGCAAAGAGUUGGGCGUCCAAUCACGGCACGCGUACGAGGGACCUUACAACGCAUCGGCGCCCGUUUACAACCAUGACAACACAACGUUAUGAUCAACGUGGGUGCCGUUGGAAGCUAGCGACGCCUACCAUUACCACACACGUUCUUGUCUUUAGACACCCUCAUGUUACAAUGAUAGUAUUUCAUGUUUGUCGAGUCAUUUAGCCGCUGAUCUUGGCCUGUGGUGCAAUAAAGCAGAAGAGUGAAAGGAA